UGUCCCUCACACACGUCAAUCCAUGCAGCCGACUACCCUUCUAUUCGACUAAUCACCACUAAUUACCUGGCACCCACUCACUGCAGCUUCACCACACCACCCAACCCAACCCAAUCUCAUCUGCUACUGUACUCCACCUUUACCUCUACCACCCAAAACCCACACACACAACACCUUCACCUUCAUCCCGAGCUCCCCCCAAAACAGCUCUGCGACCCCAGAUUUCACUCGUCACACUUUGCAGCUCGAGCUCGUCCAGCUCUCCUACAGCUUACUACCAGCUUCAAUCGUCCAAUUCCCGCCCCCUCGUCCUUCUCGUCUUCCUCGCCCUCCUCGACCCCGCCCUCCUCGGUUGCCUCCCAGGUUGCGCACAGACGAGGGCCUUUCUGCAGCAAUCCGUGAGCUUCGUGAUUGGUGAUGCCGCAACACCGGAACUCAAACUCGCUCACCAGCUCCUUUUCCGUAUCCGAUGCCAACAAUGAGGUUGUCUGUCCGUUGAAGAAUCAUGACGGGACGAGUUGCCGGAAGCGCUGUAUCGGCGAAAAACGAUAUCGUUCCAUGCAGGAGCAUAUCCGUCGAGCACAUCCCGAGCAUUACCUUCCAAAGCUUCCUGCCACUGAAGAGAGCUUCAUGCUGAUGGUCAACACCCCACCAUCCGAACGUCCUCCACCACCAGCACCCCCCGUUACUAGCGCCGGCCCGACGAACUACACAGAGAGCAUUCCGUACUACGAUGACUUUGGCUCGAGUAGCACUAACAGAGCGACUGAUGAUGUACGCAGAGGUUCUAUGCUGCCGGCUGCCGCUGCCCUAGCACAAUUGCACACACACCGCCCCGAGCCGGAACAAUGGUUCAAUGAAGAUGCGUUUGAGAACGAUUGGGGAGGUGGAUUGGCAACAAACGGCAUGACAGACGCCCUGCAACUGUCCGACUCCGAGACGAAGGCCCAGCGCCCAAAGGCAAGGUUGGCGUCCAUGUCGUUGGAGCAGCAGAUGGCUGUUGACGAGCCCUAUUUCACCCCGACGUCUAGACCGAGAGAAUUGUUGCCGUCCUCACUGGCUCGCUCUCCUCCCGGCCGCUCCACAACCCUGCCACCUGGUCUCAAAGCCGUCAAGCCGAACAGGCCCAGGAAACCCUCACUCGGCCAGAAUGCAAGGAAGCCCAAACACGAGCGCCAAAAAUCCAAGGAGCAUGCCAGGCUGAUGAACUAUGACAGAAAGGCCUUCUCUGCCGAGCCGCAAAGUGCCGCAGCGCUCUAUGGCAAGAGGUGGGAGGACUUGAUAGAUGCAGCAGCUUCUGCAACGGAAGAAGAUAGCCGCGACCUGACACCGGUACCUCCCUCGCCCCAGAUGCUCAGCCGGUCGUCGGUGCCACCGUACAUGGCAAAUCAAAUGCAGUCGUACACCGCAUCGCCUUUGCAACAUACUCUGACUCCACCGCCACCAGAGACGAACGACCUGCAGCCAUUCCCAUCUGUCGAGUCCUCCAUAGACUCUGCAGUAUCUGGCCAGAACUUCCAUAUGCCCUCACAAGGCUUAUCUGACUCUUCUCCGACGAGAUCAUACCCGGUCCAGAUAUAUUGUGCGGCUUGCCGAAAGUUGUCAAUUCUCCGGAACAGCUAUGCCUGCACAGAAUGCAUAUGUGGACUAUGUCAGGACUGUGUCGAGGUUCUUGUCACCGAACAGGCUCGAGCACGGCCGGCUCGAUGUCCGCGAUGUUCUGCGGUCGGUGGCAAAUACAAACCAUUUAUGCUCGACAUAAGAUGAAGGGUGGCCGGCUCUGAGAAAGCCAGUGCCUUGCUAGUGUUACCACACCUCUGCCGUUGUGACUGCAGAAUUUUUGCAUCCUCCAGUAACACAAAUUUGAUCUCCGCGUUUUCUUUUGUCUUUACGGGGCCGGAUCUUCAUCCACACGGAGUUAGUGCAUUUACAGAGCCAGAUCAGGCAUCUACUGGUUGGACCGGGAGUUGAGGAUAGAAAACCGCUGAUUGCAUCGCUCUGCUGAGCAUGCACAGCGUCGACACAGACGGAGUUGAUAUUGGAUUUUUGGGAGGGGAGGGAAUGGAAGGGGUUGGGGGAGGGAUAUUGUCUUUAUGCGCAUAACGUCAUGGGUCAGGAGUGUGUGCAUACCAUUCGCUCGCUACGUGUGAGGGUAGAGGGGCUUUGUUCAUCGAUAACGGCUCGUCACAGAUAGAGAUUUGAUGUUGAUAUCCUAGAUUU